CCAUGUCUUAUUUAUGAAGUAUUUCCGCUACGUCACUUCCUUUUCCUGUCCUUGGAACGUCAGGAGGCUCGCUCAUCAGGGUCCACACAUGGCUAAACUGAGCAAAGAAACUAAACAGCGGCUGCAGCAGCUGUUCCAGUGCGGCCAGUUUGCGAUCCGAUGGGGUUUCAUCCCAACGGUGCUGUACCUCGGUUUCAAACGAGGAGCAGAUCCAGGCAUGCCUGAACCCACCGUCUUGAGUUUGCUCUGGGGCUGAGGACCAACCUUACACAGCAGAUCCCUUCAUCCCCAUCUCUCUCUUUACUGCCCAGUGUUGGAAAGAUAAAGACCCGAUGUCAUUUUCAGCAAAACACACAUGUACAGAUGUGCUGCCAUGUCAAAACCAAGAUGUUUGUGUUUUUUUUGUUGUUUUUUUUAGAAUGUUUUACUCUGUGAAUGUUUGUCUGUGGUCGGUGUGUGUUCCAUUGCCACGCUGAUCUUUUCAUUUCUAAUUUAAAUGACAAUAAAACCUCAAAUGAA